AUGGCUAGUAGUCCAGUCUCAUACAGACUUCUCAGAACCGGGGGCAGUCUUCUUUCUCUCCUCCAAAAGUCUCCCGCAAAUCUCUCUACUCACUGCGACGAUAGUCUCUUUCCCCGACUCCUCCUUAUUAGCAAAUCUCGAUUUUUCUGUUUCUUGGCGAAACAAUCUUUGUUAUAUCUAUCUAUCUAUCUAUCUAUCUAUCUAUCUAUCUAUCUAUCUAUCUAUCGUACGGAGAAAGGUUGUUAUCUUUUUAUUUGGCUUUUUUUUGUUUUAUGCACGGUUUCCAGUUAUUCGAACUUGGCGAAACACUUUCCAAGACAACGUUUUACCAGGAAAAUGAAUUUUGACAACCUUAUUGAAAUGAUUGGAGAGUUCGGGUCCUAUCAGAAAAGGGUACUAUUUUGCCUUUAUUUGGAUUCUAUUAUGGAUGCCUUUCAUUCUGGUCUCACCAUGUUUAUUUUGCCACAAUUGAACUUUCGGUGUUCCCUUCCAGGAUUUAAAAAUGAUACAUAUAAGAUCCAAGGAAGACAUCACGAAUGGAUCAUUAAUCAAAGCAUUCCAGUAAGCACAGUAAAUGGUGACACGGCUUAUAAUUCUUGUACGCGUUUCUAUGUUUGGAAUGAUACAAACGUUACUUUAGAGAAAUGCAAUUCUUGGGUUUUCGACAAAUCUGUGUACAAGGCAACACUUAUUGAAGAGUUUAGUCUUGUCUGUGACCAGAAGAUGAUGAAUUCACAUAUCGUCACGGUAUUUUAUCUUGGUGUCUUAGCCGGGGCAGCUUUGAUGGGAACUAUAUCCGAUUGGGUUGGUCGCAAGAUUGUAAUGAUUGUAUGCAUUUUACUCCAGGGAAUAGUUGGAAUUGCUUCAGCAUUUAGCCAAAAUAUUAAUCAGUUUCUAAUCUGCCGUUUCAUCAUUGGAUUUGCGAGCUCGGGAUCAUUCGUCACGGCAUAUGUACUCGGUGCAGAAUUAGUUGGAACGAAAAAACGCGCUUGGACAUGUAUGGUAACCCAGAUUUUCUUCACUAUAGGCUUCUGCAUACUUACUGGAGUUGCUUAUUUUGUGAGAAACUGGCGCAUUCUUCUGAUCAUUUUAUCUGCCCCUUCGAUCAUUCUCAGCUUUAGCCUCGUUUGGUGUGUUCAAGAAUCGCCCCGUUUGCUUUUCAUGAAGAACAAGAAUGAAAAAGCUUUUAAGAUUGUCAAGUUAAUCGCAGAAAAGAAUAAGAAGUCUUUACCUGAUAAUAUUGAUGAAAUGAAUAUUGACGUGCAACAAGCAAAAUCACAUGGUAUUUGGAAAGUCUGGACGUCAAAAACAUUAAUUCUACGAAAUUCCAUCAUGAGUAUAAAUUGGGUUUCCGUAAGUCUAUGUUAUUUUGCGCUGGCCAUCAACAGUAGGAAUUUGUCUGGUGACGUUUAUUUGAAGUUCAUCCUGGGAGCUUUGGUUGAAUUUCCUGCUUACGUGGUUACAAUUUAUUUGUUGGAUCAUAAUUUCGGAAGGCGGAUAAUUUUUUCUACGUCAAUGGUGGUUGCCGGCAGCGCUUGUUUUAUUAGUACUUUCCCUUUUGUCUAUGGAGGACCCGAUCUACAAUGGGUUACUUUGAUGUUUUGUCUUGUUGGAAGAUUAGCUGUCACAGCUGCAUUUGGUAUUAUUUAUCUGUUUGUAUGCGAAAUCUACCCAACUGUUGCGAGAAAUGGUGCUCUGGGAAUUUUCUCAACUUUUAACCGAAUCGGGUCCAUCACAGCACCUUACAUCAUGAUUCUGGGCGAUUACGUGAAAGGGAAUUUCGGUAAAGGUUUGCCCUUUAUUCUUCUGGCUUUUUUUACGCUCGUUUCGGGUCCUCUGGUGUUGUUACUGCCGGAAUCAGCCGGCAGAUGCAUUCCUGACACUCUCAAAGAAGCGAAGAUGAUGAAAAGGUCUGAAACACGGAAGAAAUAUGAAACACGUUGCAGCGCUGAAGACAUAGCAAUGAAAUGUAUAAAAUCAUAA